AUGUUGCGGCGGACGUUUCGCGAGAAGAGCGUGCAGUUGGACGGGCACGAUGUAAGUUGCACUGUGGUCGAGUUCCCCAAUAAGCAGAUUGUGAGUCUUAGCAGGGACGGCGAGAUGGAAGUUUCGUACGAUCUGCCUGCACGGCCGUUGACGAUGAAGGGGGCCGAGUUCACGAUGACCAACUCGCUGAUCGGGGGCAAUCUGAAGACGCAGGCGUUGGCGGGCCAGAUAGGCCAGCAGAUCACCAAAAAUACGAUUUUCAACACGAGUGGUAAAUUCUUUUCGAAGGCAGACGUGACGGAGCACGACCACGAGCUAUUGGUGAAAUUGAUUGGGUUUGUUUCGGGCUGUCUGUAA